CAGUCUACUCCGUACAGCUGUCAGCAAUGGCAUCUCCGCAGAAACGCUAGUACUUACUACUUAGGGACCUGGACAGUGGACAUUAAAGGGGGACCCACCCGCGAAUUUACGCCAUUCGCCCCUCGUGUCGUCCGCUUUCCACCUCCCCAAUAAUGGCUCCCAGUGACCCUGCGUCACGCGCCGAGCCACCCACCGACCGUAACGUCAAGCACGUCGUACUUGGUGACCUUCUUUUCCCGACCUGGUAUCAAUCCAUCUACCCGGAAGACCUCGUCAGUAAAGACACGGACAGACUGUAUGUCUGUCGUUGGUGCUUCCGCUAUUCGUGCGACAGCCACGCCUACGCCCAGCAUACGCGACUGUGCCAACACCGAACCACACCUCCCGGAACCAAAGUCUACGACCAUGGCGGAUAUUCGGUGUGGGAGCUGGACGGAGAAUGUCACAAGCUAUACGCGCAGAACCUUUCCCUCUUCGCGAAACUCUUCCUAGACCAUAAAUCCGUCUUCUUCGAUGUCGUAUCCUUUCUCUACUACCUUCUUGUCUUCACCGACCCCAAAGACCCCGACAACUAUUACGUCCUGGGGUUCUUCUCGAAAGAAAAGCUCUCCUGGGAUGCCAACAAUCUCGCUUGCAUCCUUGUUUUUCCCCCAUACCAACGUAAACAGCUUGGAAAGCUGUUGAUGGGGGUCAGUUACAAGAUCAGCUCCUGGGAGCGUGACAGCGGGCUAAUAGGCGGGCCGGAACGUCCGCUAAGUGAAAUGGGCCGCAGGAGUUAUACUCGGUUCUGGGAAGAACGAAUAGCCAGGUAUCUAUUGCUACAAGUUGGUAAAACCGGAGAAGCAGAGGCGCCUGGCUCCGUGCCACUGAAGCCGAAAUCUCCCAAGAAUUCGAAAAGGAAACAAACCCAUGAGCUCAUGACAGUGCAGGACAUUGGAUUGGCGACGGGGAUGUUGACCGAGGACGUCAUCACGGCUCUAAAGGGUCUGGGGGUUGUUGAGCCUGUUACGCCGGCCAUGAGGCGUAAGACGAGAGAUUCAGCUGGCGAGACCGGAUCGGGCGAAGAGACAGCUACCGUAAGAAUUCGGAAGUCGAAAAUCCUGGAAUGGGCCGAGUCACAUCAUAUGGCUCUCCAAGAUCCUGUUAGAAAUGAGGGAUUUCUGGGUAAAUGGGCUCCAAGUGCUUCCGUUGAAGAGAGUGAUGUCGACAGUGACAGUGAGGAUGGAUAGAUUCUCGCUGGGCUUUUACUUCUCUCUUUCUCUCAGUCACUUUCGAUCAUGUUUUCUCCCCGUUUGGGGAGCACCGUGUCGUGUAUAACUAUCUGUCUGUACGCUACUGACCGUACGAAUCAAGGAUCUUGAAUGGAAUCGCUAUUCGCCAUA